AUGGCGCCUAGGGCCGAGCCCCCCGACGGGGGCUGGGGGUGGAUGGUGGUGCUCUCCGCGUUCUUCCAGUCGGCGCUGGUGUUCGGGGUGCUCCGCUCCUUCGGCGUCUUCUUCGUGGAGCUGGUGGCGGCGUUUGAAGAGCAGGCGGCGCGGGUCUCCUGGGUCGCCUCCAUAGGGAUCGCCGUGCAGCAGUUCGGCAGUCCCGUGGGCAGUGCCCUGAGCACGAAAUACGGGCCCAGGCCCGUGGUGAUGGCAGGGGGCAUCUUGGCUGCGUCGGGAAUGCUGCUCGCCUCCCUUGCUACCUCCUUGACCCACCUGUACCUCAGUAUCGGGCUGCUCUCAGGCUCUGGCUGGGCCUUGACCUUCACUCCGACCCUGGCUUGCCUGUCCCGUUACUUCUCUCGACGGCGAUCCCUGGCCACAGGGCUGGCACUGACUGGUGUGGGCCUCUCUUCCUUUGCCUUUGCCCCACUUUUCCAGUGGCUGGUCAGCCGCUAUGCCUGGAGGGGGGCUCUACUGCUGGUGUCUGCCCUGUCCUUGCACCUGGUGGCCUGUGGUGCUCUCCUCCGCCCGCUCUCCCUGAGGGAGGACCCUAUUGUGGGCGGCCCUGCAGCCCAGCUCACCUCCCUGCUGCAUCACGGCCCCUUCCUCCGUUAUACGGCUGCCAUAACGCUCAUCAACACUGGCUACUUCAUUCCCUAUGUGCACCUGCUGGCCCACCUCCAGGACCUGGAUUGGGACCCACUGUCUGCUGCCUUCCUACUCUCAGUGGUGGCUGUCUCUGACCUCGUGGGACGUGUGGUUUCUGGGUGGCUAGGAGAUGCGGUCCCAGGACCCGUGGCACGAAUGCUGAUGCUCUGGACUGCCCUGACGGGGGUGUCCCUGGCCCUGUUCCCUGUGGCUCGUGCUCCCACGGCCCUAAUGACUCUGGCCGUGGCCUACGGCUUCACAUCAGGGGCCCUGACCCCGGUGGCCUUCUCCGUGUUGCCUGAACUGGUGGGGACUGGAAGGAUAUACUGUGCCCUGGGACUGGUGCAGAUGGUUGAGAGCAUUGGGGGACUGCUGGGGGCUCCCCUGUCAGGCUACCUCCGGGAUGUGACAGGCGACUACACAGUUUCUUUCGUGGUGGCCGGGGCCUUCCUUCUGGUGGGAAGUGGCAUACUCAUCACUCUGCCUCACUUCUGCUCCCCGGCCUCUGCCUCUAAGCCCCGGGACCUUGUCACAGAGGGAGUGGACACCACAGUCUCUGGGACCAGGGAUGGGCUGGGAGAGGACUGAACUGCACAAAGGGGCUCUCAGACCAAGAGGCCAGAGCUCGGCAGCUCCAGAUUCUCCUCCUCUGGCCCAUCCUGGUGCCCACAGAACCACACUGCCUUAAGCAUCUUGAUCGGCUCCCCCACAGGGCAGGCCUGGGGUGGGCGGUGGUCCUACAUGGUGUGCGCCAACCCCCUAGUAUUUUGCUGAGGACUCUCAUCUCUUCUUUGCUCCCACAACCUUUACGGAAGGAUCCAGGAGCUCAGCCUGCUCCCUGGAGCUGUGAAUCAGCUGUGACAACCAAAGGC